AUGCUAUUUGGCCUGUUUUCAAUUGUGCUCGCUUCUCCGGCACUUGCAUGGUCGGUAACGAAUGCCAAGGUGGGUAUUGCGCUUCCAGGAGACCCUGGCGAGCUGGUGUCUCUAGCAGACGCAGGAGUCAUCGAGCUCGGCCCCUCUCGCACGCUCAAUGUCGCUUGGGAAAUCCCAGAGGCUCCGCCAUUGCCGCGGCAGAACGUGCUGCGUCUUUAUAACGACAAAUGCGAUCAUACCGUUUCGGCAAAAGUACGGGGUAAAAAGGCCAAGGCGGUUGUUGCCUACCACUCUCUGCCCGCCUGCUUGUCUGGCCCGGUCAAGGCUGACAUUUAUGUUGCCGGUGGCAGCGAAGGCCAGGCUGCUAGUUCUCGUGAAGUUUUUUCGCUGCAGGUCCAGGAAAUCAGCACACCGGAACUGGAUUCGCGUUACCAGCGCCCAUUAGCCGUCGAGCCUGAAAUCAUUCACCAGUUCCGGCCGGAGCCCCGCAUGGUCAAGGCGCCGGUGGCUCUUGUUUUUGUCGCCGUCAUUGACAUUUUAUUUGUUACCAUGGUCUCGCUGUGGGCGAAGAACGUCGGUAUCAAGUUUGCUGCCUUGGACUUUACUCUGGCUCUGGCCGCCAUCGAGUCCGUCUUUGUCGCGUACUUUAUCUCGGCCUCGAUCUUCACAGCAUUAUCAGCAGUCGCAUGUCUUGCACCGUUGGCGUUUUUCACCGGCCAGCGUGCUUUGCGAAAAGAACACAGUCGGCGCAACGGCUCAAACUAG